AUGGAGUGGGAUUACAGCAACAGUACGAACGGGAUUAUCAUCGCAGACACUGGCGGCGGCACAACUGCGACGACAUCGUCUAGGUUAGAAGAGAUGCCUCCAGCACUAUCGCCACCUGCUGCUGGGUUAACAUUUCCUUCGGAUCUGCUCACGUUGAUUCGCCAGACAGCUACCGUUUCUGCUGCCAACAACUUGUCCUAUCUGCUGAGUAAUUUCACAAAAGCGCUUACAUCGACGUCUACAGAUUUCAAUAUAUCACGACGAUUCCCGCCCUACCCAUUCUUCCCGUUUUACAACGACUCGGCAUUUGAUUCCUGUCCUUCCAUUCAAAUGCCAAUAGGGAAUUUAAUCUCGAUGAUCCUUUAUGCCAUCGUUGCAAUCGUGGGACUGUUCGGAAAUACAUUGGUAAUUUACGUGGUGCUGAGAUUCUCCAAGAUGCAAACGGUAACCAACAUGUACAUUUUGAACCUGGCCAUUGCGGAUCAGUGUUUCCUGAUUGGCAUUCCGUUUCUCAUUACAACGAUGCACCUUGGCGAGUGGACUUUCGGGAAUGGAAUGUGCAAGGCGUACAUGGUAUCCACUUCGAUUACGCAGUUCACAUCAUCUAUAUUUCUCUUCAUCAUGUCUGCGGAUCGAUACAUUGCCGUAUGCCACCCAAUUUCAUCACCACGCUUUCGAACGCCAUUAGUGUCAAAAAUAGUAUCAUUUUUAGCAUGGACAGCGUCGGUGGUGAUAAUGUUACCGGUAAUGUUGUACGCCAAUACUAUUCAACGAGACAAAGGAAAGCUUUCUUGUAAUAUUGUGUGGCCCUCGGAAAAUGCCAGCAACACCGGAAGCAGCUUCACCUUGUAUUCUCUGAUCCUUGGAUUUGCGGUUCCUCUAUCACUAAUUCUCAUGUUUUACUAUCUCGUGAUAAGAAAACUUCGAACCGUAGGCCCGAAAAAUAAGUCCAAGGAGAAGAAACGUUCGCAUCGCAAAGUAACCAAGUUAGUACUCACAGUCAUAACGGUGUAUGUGUUCUGCUGGCUCCCGUACUGGAUUUCGCAAGUAGCACUCAUACACUCACCACCCGAUAUAUGUAAAUCGCGACUGGAAAUCACCGUCUUUGUACUGGUUAGCUGUCUUGGCUAUUCUAAUUCCGCUAUGAAUCCAAUUCUGUACGCCUUUCUCUCGGAUAACUUCAAAAAAAGUUUUCUGAAAGCUUGCACAUGCACCAAGGGCAAGGACAUCAAUGCACAGUUACAAAUCGAAAACAGCUUUUUUCCUCGUUUCGGGCGAAAUCGUGGUUCUGAGAGAGGUAAUUCCACCAAGAUUCUACCCGCUGGACGGCAAAAGGUAGCUGACCAGAACUACCCUAACGAAACAGUCAACAACUAUACAAACACAAAUGGAAACAAUUCCGGUAGUGGCAGCGGUGCUAGUGGUGCUGGGAUCAUCGCGGGUGUUCUAAUAAGUAAUGGAAAUAAUGGAAACACAACUCCGACCAUGGUGACAGCCAACGUAACGCCAAUUGCAAGCAAAGACUCCGACCCCACUGCGAGACCCCCUGUGUUGCACACCGACCUAUAA